AGGACGCGGGCCGCAAUUGCGCACGAUGAGACAUCCCUUCGCUCUUUUGCCCGGCGCCUUGCUUUCCGUUCUAUUGAUAGGAUUAUCCUUUAACAAUCUCGAUGGCCCCGUCCUUCUCGCCAGCGCGGUUACGGUCUACUCGCAGCAGCCGAUCGCGACAACCACCGCAUCGGGAGCAACGGCUUCGUAUACCGGUGCCGCCGCGUAUGACCCCACCGUGUUGAACCCGCCCCCGAUCCCGGACCCGCUACCGAGCAUGUCGUUCGGAAUCCAGCUGCAGAGUAGCUCCGACGCUGUUUCCGGGCUUAGCAUCAAGCAGAACGGCGGCUUCAUGGGUUUCUCCAUCGAGUUUUCCGUUAUCAACCAAGUUUUGGGCAAGAACUCGUCGUACCUCCAGAUUCCGUUCCUGAACUUGAUGUCGAAUAUCCGGCAGCGUGCGGGACACGUCCGCAUUCGUGUUGGCGGUAACACACAGGAGACGGCGACGCUCGUGGAUAGCCUCGCGGACGGCAAGAUCCUCGAGAAGGACGAGGACAACCUCACUAAUCCCACGGAUACCCCGCCGCUCGUGUUCACACCCGACGUUCUCUACAUGCUCAACAACAUCUCUGCGCUGGUCAACACGAAGUGGUACCUCGGCGUUCCUUUCAACGAUACGACCAAUCUCCGACUGAGUAUUGUUCAAGUUGGUGAAGCGGUACUCGGCGAUAAUCUCCUCGGAUUGCAGGUCGGCAAUGAACCCGAUUUGUACGUGAAACACAACCAUCGUAGUGGCACAUACUCGCCUUAUGACUACUUCGGCGAGUUCGGCGUCUUGGUGCAAGCCCUAGCCGCGGCACCAGACCUGUACCCAGUUAGGAACAACCUCAUUGCCCCGAGCAUCGCAACAGGUGACUGGACACCAGAGAUGGUCUGGGACACUGGGUUCAUCCCUUCAUACACUGAUUCUCUCGGUGCCUUGGCCGUUGAGCAUUACCCCGACGACAAUUGUUUCGCAAUUUACGGUAUUGGGUCACCGCGGGACCCGCAGACGGAGUUCCCCAAUUAUCUCAACCACACCUCCGGCCAGUCUAUCGUCCAACCAUACCUGAACAGUACCGCCAUCGCUCAGGCUGCCGGAAAGUCCUUUAUCAUGCUUGAGACGAACACCGCGUCAUGCGGUGGGUUCCCCGGCAUCAGCGACUCCUUCGGAGCCGCCCUCUGGGCGCUUGACUACGGCCUGCAGAUGGCCUACUCCAACUUCAGUGGCGCGAUGUUGCACGUCGGCGGUCAGAACGUGUACUAUAACCCUUUCACCCCUCCGCCGACUAACCAAUCGACCUUCCAUCAGUGGACCAUUGGCCCGGUUUACUACUCAGCGCUGGUCAUCGCGGAGGUGUUCGGAAGCUCGAACGAGAGUCAGAUCGUCGACCUCUUCCCGAACGACGCCCGUAUAUACACCCCCGCGUACGCGAUCUACGAAAACGGCAGCCCUGCCCGUGUAGCACUCUUCAACUACAUCACGGAUUCGUCCGGGAACAGUGACUACACCGCGUCCAUCUCGAUCAACGGCGGUACCGUGCCUAGCUCCGUCAAGGUCAAGUACCUCUCCGCGCCGAGCGUGUCAUCCAAGAACGACAACAUCACCUGGGCAGGCCAGACCUUCGGCGCUACUUUUGCGAGCGAUGGUCGGCUCAAGGGCGACCUCGACCUGCAAACCGUCACCUGCGACACGACAGCGAACACCUGCCCGAUCAAGGUCCCCGCGCCGGGCUUCGCGCUCGUCUUCCUCUCGGACGACGCGCUCUCCGCGGCCGACUCGGUGUCGACCAUGACGGCCACGUUCUCGACCACGUCCGUGACGAAGACCGCGAACACGGUCACGAUCGACGCGAGCGUGCUCGCGACGAGCAACGGGCACAGUGGCAAGGACCGAAAGCUUGGCAGCACGAGUAAAGGGUCGAGCUCGGAUGCGCCGGGAUCCGCCGCUAUGUCCGCGUUUGCUGCUGUAGCUGCGAUGACGUUCGGCGCGAUCGUCCUCGUCGGCAGAUGGUGGAUGUAAUGUCCGUUUUCCUGGAUUUCUGCGCGCAACCUUAUCCGUCUCUCUUUCAUCGUUGCUCUUUAUGUUCAAGAGUUCGCUCUGUGCGUACAGACUCGAGUGCGGAAGCAAGGGCAGACGUGGCAGCGAGCAGGUCGUCUGAGGUGUCUCCGGCGACGAUGCCUGUCACUCCAUGAUCGAUUGUAACCGCGGCGGACAUGGUAACAUCUGCAUGCCCUGAUCGGGUACCCACCUAUUGUUUCCCGGCCUGACACUGCGAGGGUUCACAGUUGAGGAUCUGCUGGUGCGAACAUAUGUCGUACGGUGAUUGCGCUUCUCGUGAGAUAUGGGGUUGCAACGUUAUUGCCGGCAUCGUCGGCAUCGGCCGUGCUGUGAUGUCACAAACGCGUUACCUCACGCGUUGUUGAAGAUUUUGCCCGUUCCCUGCUUAUUCCUUCAGAGUGAAGCCAUCCUGCUCUCCAAGAAACCCACAAGACGACAUGUCCAAUAUUGCCUCUUUCCAUCCGCUGAAUCACUUGGAGACCACUCCGCUACUGACAUUCCAGAUAACUUGACGCAGUACUCACAACACUGUAUCCUCGCGGAC